ACAAGUCAUGUCUAGCUUUUUCUGGUACGACUACCUCAUAUUUUUCAUAGUACUAGCCAUUAGUUCUGGUACUGGAAUUUACUAUGGCUGCUUUGGAAGUAAGCAAAGAACAGUUAAAGAGUACCUUUUGGGCGGCAAAAAAAUGACUGCUCUACCAAUCGCAAUUUCGGUAGCUGUGAGGUUUGGUACUUGUAUUUUCUACACUACAAUCGGGGGACUAAAAACUGUCGUAUGGACUGAUAUUUUCCAAAUUGGAAUUAUUUUAUUAUCUCUACUUAUGAUUUGUGUAAUCGGUUUAAAUACCACUGCAAAUUUUUCGUCACUAUGGAAAACAGCACUCGAUGGUGGAAGACUCGAUAUUUUGAAUUUUAAUUUAGAUCCCACGCUUCGUGACAGUUUUUGGACAUUUAUGAUUGGCUAUACGUUUCAUUGGAUGAGUUAUGUGAACCUUUCGCAAUCUGGAGUUCAAAAAUAUUUAGCAUUGCCAACAUUUCGUGAAUGGAUUUGGGCAAUGGUUUUUUAUGUGAUAACAAUGGAAYUAGUGCAAAUAUUUUGUAUUUUAUUGGGUCUUUUAUUCUAUGCACAUUAUGCCAAUUGCGAUCCUUUUAUUAGUGGGAAAAUACAACGACACGAGCAGUUAUUAUCAUAUUACGCUAUGCAAAUUGCUGGGCAUAUUCCUGGAGUAACUGGGUUUACUUUGGUUGGAUUAUUCUGUGCUACUAUGAGCACUGUUUCUUCAAGUCUGAAUGCAAUCUCUGGCGUCAUUUUUAAAGAUUUUUUUUCGCGAUAUUGGAAAGGCAAUAUUAAAGAAAAAACGUCUGGCAGAAUUUUGAGAUUAAUUGUUGUCAUAACUGGUAUUUUCAGUAUGUUUCUAAUAUUUUUGUUGCAAUAUUUGGGAGAUAUUCUCCCUCUUGCAGUCAGUUUAGCUUCCAUGGGAUUCGGACCAACGUUAGGUGUAUUUUGUUUAGGACUUCUCUUUCCAAAGGCUAACGCUAAGGGUGCAUUUUACGGUGCUGUUUCGUCAUUUAUCUUUCAAACUUUCGUUUUUGUUGUCUCAAAAGUGUAUCGAUACAAAAAAAUCAUUGUUGAUGUUCCGAAAACGUUUUCUGUGAGUGGAUGUUGGACCAAUACUUCUUUGGCGAUUAACAAUACACUUUCCAACAGUUUUAUUCAGCCCAAUAAUGUUACUUCACAUUCAGAAUUCAAACCUUUUUUUAUAUUCAGGUUGUCGCAUUUUUACAUCACCAUGACAGGACUCAUUGUUACUCUAAUAGUUGGACUAAUUAUCAGUUAUUUAACAAACAAGAAGGAUCCUCCAGUUGAUGAUAAAGAAUUAAUAAGUCCUGUAAUUCGUAGAUUUUUGUCGGAUGACACUAAAUCCGAAAUUGAUUCUCGAGAAUUGAAAAAUCUCAUGACAAAAGUGUCAAAUACUGAAGAAACAUAA